AUGAACGACACAGUACUUCUGACUCUAAUCCUGCACUUGUUAGUGCCCAUGAUGAUAACUUCAUUCAGUGACCCAUCGACAAACAUGGACUUGAUGAAGUGCUUCUCGGAAAAUGACAUAUGCAACAAAACGGAAAUUGAUGUCGAUCAAGAAGGGAAGUUGAAGAACAUUCUCGAUCUUUAUCCAGUUUUGCACUCGUUUUUUACCAAUGGAACCGUCUACGAAACACUGGAGAUAAUUCCUGAUGAUGGUACUCCAAAAAAUGGUUCACCGAUUGAUAUUGUUCCUGGAGGUACGCCAGCUGAGUACCAAAGUUUAUGUUGGACAGAAGAUGUAACGUAUGUUCCUUCCGCGGUAAGAACUGUCAACUAUAGACAUACACUUAUUGUUAACGCAGAUAAAUAUAAGCAAAUCGUAAAGGGUAAAAUAUGCAGAAAAUCGGCAGGCAAAAACCACUGCACGAGCUUGUCAGGGACGUACCGACAAACCCAAUGUGAACAAAGAUAUAGUACUAUUACUCUGUUGGGAGUAGAUGAAGAGACCGAAAAACCGGAUCUUCUUGCAGAACCCCUCACCAGCGUCGUCCCAGAAUCGGACCUAUUUUUCCGCGACGAAUUCGAACCCCUCGACUGCGAAAUGAAAAAAAUGACCCUGUUAAUGGACUUCGACAAGCCUUCCACCAGACACAAAACGGCUUCUUUCGACAACUUACUAGAAUACGACGACGUUCGUAUUUCUUUAGCGUCCAUGUCCUCCAGAUACAGCGAAAACUCGCGAUACUCCGCUAGAGUCCAGAGCACCGCCACCAACGAAAGCAUCGAGUACGAACACUUGAAGCCCUGCCUCUUAACCAUCGAAGCCCUUAGACACUACAAGAAGCACCACAACAAGAACUUCUACCAAUCCCAAGUCGAGGAAAAAAUCUACGAGCCCGGCAUCAUCGCGUCCAGCGAGAGAGUUGUGCGAAUGUUGGCAAAAAUUCUGCAUGUUGGAAUGGACCCAGACAGGAGUAGUGCUUGCUAUCAACCAACUAUUUUUACGUGCUCGUCCAAAACCCCGUUCUUUUUCGAGCUCUUCUCGAGGACCAUGUGGCUUCUUUCGAAAACGCGACGCGAAAUGAAAGCUUCCACCAUUCACGACUACGAUAAAGUCGUCUACGUCUUAUCAAAGCAAGUAAAGCUUGUCUUAGACGAGAAACCCAUGGACUUGAAAAAAUUAACGGAAAAGUUCGCGCAAAUUAGCUAUUAGACGGUCAUGGAGAUAUGGCAG